AUGAUCGAUUAUAAUGAUGACGAUGACGAUGACGAUGACGACGAUGAUAAUUAUGUACACGUGCACGAGCAAAGGUGGCACGUCCGUCAGAGAGCUUCCAAUAUCGAGCUAUGUGGAAUAAGUUCCUACGAGGUGAAUGGACGAAAGAAAUGGAUUGGUGUAACUCAAUUCUCACCAACUUACGCACGUCAAGCUUUUCCUUGUAUGGACGAGCCACAUUUCAAAGCAACAUUUACAAUAACCAUUGGUCAUUAUUCUAAUCAAACUGUUACCAGUAAUACCAAUGUAAAAAAGAUUGAACAAAUAGACAAUUUUUAUCGUUUAACGACGUUCUCGACUACUCCACGAAUGUCAACGUAUUUGGUCGGAUGGUCGGUGCACGAUUACGUGGUCGAAUUUUCCAAAUUUUCGAAAGAUUUUAAAAUUUGGACGAGAGACAGCAUGCGUUCGCACGGUAGCUUAGCUUUGAAUCAAGGCUGGUUAAUUUAUUCGGCAUUACGGGAUUGGAUGAAAGUGGAGAAUCCGAUUAAAAAGAUGGACCAAUUUGCCAUAACCGAUUUCAAUUUUAACGCCAUGGAAAACUGGGGUAUGAUAACGUAUCGCGAAUCGGUUGUCUUAUUUCAAAACGAAACAAUUCCAAUGAGAAACAUAGUCAAUGGUUUGACAACUAUGGCACACGAAUACGCUCACACGUGGUUUGGAAAUUUAGUAACACCAGAAUUUUGGGAUGUCGCAUGGUUGAAAGAAGGUUUCGCCUCGUACUUUCAAUAUUUUGGACCUUCUUUGGUACAACCAACAUGGAAAAUGAUGGAUAUGUUUGUCGUCGAUUACGUUCAACCAACUCUUCUCUUAGAUUCUAUGAAUCACGAUAGAUCCAUGAAUGGUCGAAAUGUUGGAAGUCCUAAUAGCAUCAUGGCAAUGUUAGAUUUUGUCACGUAUAGAAAAGGAGCGUCUGUAAUUCGAAUGUUAAAUCAUGCGAUCGGUGAAGAUGUCUUUCAAAAAGGAUUGCAUUAUUAUUUGGAAGAAAUGUCGUAUCGUGCAGCAAGACCAAACAACUUGUAUCAUUAUUUGCAGAGAUCAAUCGAUACGUCGUCGAAUGAAACGAACAAUUGUCAAUCCAUCAAGGACGUCUUCGAAUCUUGGGCAAAUCAAGUUGGAUAUCCUUUGAUAAUGGUGAAACGUAACUACACGAGACAUUGGACAUUGGUGUCGCAAGAAAAAUUUUAUCUGAAUCGUGAUAAGGAAAAAAAAAUCAAGGACGGCGACAAUGACGAGAAACUUGGCGCAUGGUGGAUACCUCUGACCUUCGCAACGAGCUCGUCUAUCAUCGAUUUUCAAAGGACUCGGGCAAAGCUAUGGUUGACUCCUCGGAAUAAAAGUCUGAUGAUUCCUAAGUUUCGUGACGACGAGUGGGUACUCUUCAACGUACAACAAAUCGGAUUCUACCGAGUCAAUUACGACGAGUCCAAUUGGAAGAUGCUUAUUGAUCACCUAAGAUCAAAGGAAUUUAUCUCCGUUCCCUCGGUGAAUCGUGCGGCACUCCUCGACGAUGCUUUUAAUUUGGCAAGAUCAGGAUAUAUAAAUUAUUCUAUCCCAUUUGACUUGUCCAAGUAUCUUAAAAGAGAGACGGAUUACGAGCCUUGGAUCGCUGCCAUUAAUAAUUUCAUGUUUCUCAAUCGAGUUCUAAAUAAAAUAUCGACGGUUCAUAAAGCAUUCCAGAAAUACGCCGAAAAUCUGAUUCUACCUAUAUACGAGUUAUUAGGAUUCAAGGAGGAUUUAUAUUGCAGUAACGUACGAACAAAACUUCAACGUGAGAUAAUUUUAUCGGCAGCCUGUGCUCUGAAUAACGCACACUGCCUCGAUACAUCGAAAAUGUUAUUUAAUUCGUGGAUUUCGGAGUCGAAUAAAACAAUAUCGGCAAAUUUGAAAAGUUUCGUCUAUUGCAUUGGUAUACGUAAUGGGAAUGAUGAUGAUUGGUUUACAAUGUGGAACAAAUUUCUCGAGACGGAUUUACAUAUCGAACAAGAACUUUUAUUGUCUGCACUAGGAUGCACUCGAAAUCCUAUUUUAUUAAAUAAGUACCUCAACGUAUCGAUUUCUCCAAGUUCGAAAAUUCGUAAGCAAUACAGAUUUUCGAUAGUUACUGCUGUUACGAAGGGUAAUCCAGAGAACGUUGAUCAUACUUUAGAAUUCGUUGAAAACAAUUUCGAAAGCAUUAUCGAUUCACGGGGAUACGAUUUCUUAAGUAAGAUAUUUAAUACUAUAGGAGAAAGUAUGACAACUAUGGAACAAACGAAUAAACUUAAUCAUUUCGUCGAACAAAAUGGGAAUCGUCUUGGAUCAGCAUUGAAAGCAGCUAAGAAAGCAAUUGAUUCUGCCAGUGAAAACGCAAAGUGGGUCGAAAAAUAUAAAGAAACGUUACCUUCUGCCAAAAUGGCUCUUUUGAAAGUAUUAGUGUCUAUGGCGUUGCUCGUGGUGAUAACUUUGGCUGAGUAUCCAUCACAACAUUCGAAUAUAUUAAGAAAUAACAAAGUUAUUAAUGAGAAGAAAACAAUAGUUGAUAAAAGCCAUUACUCUGAAUAUGACGAAGCUCCGCCUAAUUAUAGAUUACCUGAAAAUAUUGAACCCAAACAUUACGACAUUUCCUUGAAUUUAGAUUUCAACAAAUUCGAAAUACCUGAUUACAAAUAUAACGGAAAAGUUACUAUAAAUUUAGGAGUUAAAGGAAAAACGAAAGAGAUCAGGCUCCAUUUUACAAACUCUAUCAGUUUAACGAAAACAGAGUUACACAAGGAUUCAAAGGAUGUGACUAAGAUUGAGAUAACAGGUGUACAAUCUGUAGAUGGUACAGACAUUAAGAUAUUGACAUUAAAGGACGAAAUCGAUGAAAAAUCGACAUAUACUUUGAUAUUGGAGUAUAAUGGAAUGAUAAGUAAUCUUGCUAAAGGAUUUUAUAAGGGCUCUUAUCUUGAUGAAGAUUUAAAUGAAUGGUGGUAUGUUAUGACAGACUUUGAACCAAUCGGUGCCCGUAAUGCUUUCCCAUGUUUUGAUGAACCACACCUAAAGGCAACCUUCUCUAUUCGGAUAAAAUAUAACAAGGGAUAUAAAGCAAUUUCGAAUAUGGGUGAAAAAUCGACAAAAAUCGAAGGAGAUUUUGAAGAAAAAGAGUUCAAUAAAACUCUGCCAAUGUCCACGUAUCUCGUAGCAUACGCAGUAACUAAAUUUUCUGAAUACGAAGAAAAUAAUGUAAUUGUUUAUUCAAGAUUGGUAGAAUCUAAUAUGACUAAAAGUGCUGCAACAAUUGGUUAUAAAGUAUUAGAAUUUAUGAAUAAGUAUACUGGAAUCAACUAUAGCAUGGAAAAUCUUCGAAAGAUGCAACAAAUUGCUCUACCUGCUUUGAAACCGACUGCAAUGGAAAACUGGGGUCUCGUAACGUAUAGAGAAACAGCUCUUUUGUACGACAAGAACCUAAACAAAACUAUCGAUGAACAACGAGUAGCGAGUAUAAUCUCCCACGAGUUAGCACAUCAGUGGUUUGGAAAUUUAGUAACUCUUAAAUGGUGGAAACACAUUUGGCUUAACGAAGGUUUUGCCACUUAUUUCCAAUACUUAAUCACCGAUGAAAUCGAUAAACAAUGGCAUUUUAUGGAUCAAUUUAACGUGAAAUGUCUCCAAAAUGCACUUGCGUACGAUGCAGAGAAAUUUAAAUCACGGGCUUUGGAUAACGACGCAUCUUCCGAAAAAGAAAUUAGCAAUAUGUUUGACACCAUUUCUUAUGAUAAAGGUGCUUCUGUCAUCCGAAUGUUCAGUCACGUCCUCAAAAAGGACAAUUUUCAAAAAGGUCUACAGAAAUAUCUUACAGAUAAUAAAUUUGGAGCCGUGACAUCGGAAAAUCUUUUCUUAGCUCUCUCUGCAGUUGCAAACAAGACUGAUCUGCCAGAAAAUACUGACCUUACUACAGUUUUUAAAACUUGGACAAAUCAAGCGGGAUAUCCAGUAGUUACGGUGACCGUAAAUAGAAAAGACAAAAAUCCAUCGAUCACCGUAAAACAAGAACCAUUUUAUAGUGUAAAAGGAACUGAUGCCAAUAAGAAUACUUGGUAUAUACCUUUGAACUAUGUGCAACAGAAAGAUAAUUCAUCGUUCAGUGAUACUUCAGUUAAACUUUGGUUGUUACCCAACAAAGAGAUAACUAUUGAUAAAAAUGUCGAUGUGGAAGGUUGGAUUAUCUUCAACGUACAACAAACUGGAUAUUAUCGAGUCAAUUACGAUAGCGAAUCAUGGAAUAUCAUAGCCGAAUACUUGUUACAUGGCGAUCUCAAUACCAUACAUCCUUUGAACCGUGCUCAACUAGUCGAUGAUGCUUUUAAUCUGGCGCAUGCUGGAUUGUUGAACUACAGCGUAACUUUAAAUUUAGUUAAAUACCUUGAAAAAGAAACAGACUACAUCGUUUGGAAAGCAGCGUUGAACGGUUUAUCGACAAUGAACAAACAAUUAGGCUUAACUGAAUUAUACAAAGAAUUUUUAAGUUAUCUCAAUCCAAUUGUUCAUCAGUUAUAUAACAUUACGUCAAUCCUUGAAAAUGAGAAUGAUGAUUAUUUAACGAAACUUCUCAGAGUGGACGCGAUAAAAUGGGCUUGUGCUUUUGGAUUGAGUGAAUGUCAAAGUCAGGCCGUUGAACUAGUUCAUCUUUCGUUUGAUCCAAAUAACAAUGUUACUCUUUCUCCAGAUUUGAAGAAAGUUACAUUAUGUGCAGCAGUAAGGUCUGCUACUAAGGAUGAAUGGGAAGGACUUUUUACUAAAGGAUUAACAGAACAUAUGAGAAAUGAUGAGAGAACAGAAAUGUUCACCUCUUUGGGUUGCUCAUCGUCGCCAGAAAUUUUGAAAAGUUUCCUACACAAAUUUCUUUAUAUAGAACCUAUAAAAAUGUAUUUCAUCGAUACUUUCGAAACAAUAUACUCAAAUAAUCCUGUUGGUGUCAAAGCUAUUCUUCAAUUUUUGGACAAACAUCUUAAACAAUUGAAAGCUUCUAAUCAUCAAUUUAAGAAGAAUCUAUGGGAUUACCUUUAUGAAUUUGCGGGCAGAAUUGUUGUUAAGGAGGAUGUACAUUUGCUACAUAACGUUACUUUAGCAAGCGGUUUAAAAGACACCGACAAAAUUCUGGAUAUUGCAGAUAGAAACAUGAAAUGGUUCGAACAAUAUGGAGAUUCCAUUAAGAAUUAUUUAAUAACAAAUAAUUAUCCAGUCAAACCAAAGACUACAACCGCAAAACCAAAUAGCUCCAGUUCUCUUACUUUUACUACCGCCUUAAUAACUAUAUCUUUAUUACUCGCGGCACUACAAUAA